AUGCUGGAGAUCUAUAUGAACCUCAUUGCUAUAGGCUACAAUUGGGAAGAUCUUAAAGUUGAAGAAUAUCGUCAAAGUUCUCAAAAACACGGAAGGCAUAACAGAAGUCAUACUAGAGAGAAAUCACAUGAAUAUACUGAGUGUGGUAAAGCCUUUGAAUGUCAUAGUCAUCCUCAAAGGCAUGAAAGAGCACAUACUGGAGAGAAACCCUAUGAAUGUAAUCAAUGUGGUAAAGCCUUUGCUCGACACAGUGAUCUUCGAUUACAUGAAAGAACACAUACAUGA